AUGUCAGAAAUAGUUCAAUCAUCGUCUGAUACUCAUCAACCAGAAUCUCUAUCUCAAUUACGUGUUAAAAUUUGUUCUGUACGUUUACCAUCAUCAACUAAAUUAGUUGAUAUAUGUGUUAUUAUGGAAAUUGAUAAUAAAUAUCCAUAUCGUACUGAAAUAAUUCGUAAAAAAAGUAAAUCGAAUACAAUAACAACAACAACAAGUUCUGUUAUAUUAAUUAAUGAAUCAUUUAAUACACUUGUUACAUUAAAUUCAAAAAUAAAUUUUAAAAUUCAUGCUCCAACACGUCGUUUUGGUAAUAGGGAUAUAGGGCAAAUAGAAAUUAAUUUACAAUCAAUUAUUGAUGAUUAUUAUUUAAAAGAACAAAAUAAUAAUAAUAAUAAUAAUAAUAACAAUGAUACUUUACCAUCGUAUAAUGUUCAAUUGCCAUUUCAAAAUUCUACAACAUCAUCAAAUUUAUUGAGAUUAAAUGAUAAUAAUAAUGAUCCUUCAGUAGGUGUGAUUGAUGUGAUUUUUUAUGGUUCAAUACUUAAACAACAACAACAACAAAAUGGAACAACACAAACAUUAUCUGAAUCGGAUACAAAUUUAUCAUUACCAAAUGAAACAACGAAUCAAUCAUCAUCAAAUGAACCAAUACUGCGUUUAAGACAAAGUCCAUCUACUAAUCAAACAGAUGCAGCUUCUGCAUCAACAGGAAAUUCAAUUGAAAGAAUACAUUCACCUAUAAAUGAAACGGUAUUAGCUCAACUUAGACAACAAUUACCAACUGGUUGGGAAAUUCGAUUAGAUAGUCGUGGUCGUCCUUAUUAUGUUGAUCAUAAUCGUCGUCGAACAACAUGGUUACUUGAUCAAACAGUACUUCCACCUGGAUGGGAAGAACGUGUUGAUAAUCGUGGACGUAUUUAUUUUGUUGAUCAUAUUACUCGUACAACAACAUGGAUACGUCCAACAGCUAUUCAUUUAUCAAAUGUUGCACAAUGGCAAAAUCAAUAUGAAAGAAGUAAUUCAAUGUUCAAUCAAUUUGAACAUAGAUUUUUACCACAAACAGAAAAUAAUAUUCAAUCAAAUGAUUCAAAUGAAGAACCAUUACCUGAAGGUUGGCAACAAAUGUUUGAUAAUCAAGGUCGACCUUAUUUUAUAAAUCAUUUAUCAAAAACAACUCAAUGGGAAGAUCCACGACAAAUGCAUAGUAGUCUAUUUGAUACACCAUUACCAGAUGGUUUUGAAAUGUGUUAUACAAAGGAAGGACAAAUCUAUUUUCUUGAUCAUAAUACAAAUACAAAAACUUUUCGAGAUCCAAGACUUGAAUGUAAUAUUUCUAAUGUUAAAACUAGACGUAGUUUACCAUAUAAAAUUCGACAAUUUCGUUAUUUAUGUUCAACAAAUGCAACAAAUGGACAAUUAAAAUUAACAAUACGUCGAGAUCGUUUAUUUAAUGAUUCAUUUAAUCAUAUAGUACAAUUUCAAUCAAGUGAACUUCGUCGACGUUUAUAUCUUUCAUUUAAACAUGAAGAAGCACUUGAUUAUGGUGGUGUUGCACGUGAAUGGUUUUUUCGUUUAUCACAUGAAGUACUUAAUCCAAUGUAUUGUUUAUUUGAAUAUGCUAAUAAAAAUAAUUAUUAUUUACAAAUUAAUCCAGCAUCAUCAAUUAAUCCUGAUCAUUUAAUUUAUUUUGGAUUUAUUGGUCGUUUUGUUGCUAUGGCACUUUAUCAUGAAAAAUUUAUUGAUAAUGGUUUUAGUUUACCAUUUUAUAAACGUAUGCUUGGUAAACCAUUAACAAUACAUGAUUUAGAAUCAUUAGAUCCAGAAUUUUAUAAUAGUUUAUUAUGGAUUAAAGAUAAUAAUUUAAAUGAAAAUGAUGAUCUUGAAUUAUAUUUUAAUACAACAUUUGAAUUACUUGGUAAAGUAGAAAAUGUUGAAUUAAAACCUGGUGGUAAUGAUAUUAAAUUAACAGAAGAUAAUAAAGCUGAAUAUGUAGAAUUGAUGACUAAAUGGAGAUUUACACGAGGAGUUGAAGAUCAAACAAAAGCUUUUUUACAUGGAUUUAAUGAGGUAAAUUUUGUAAUUCGUUUUUCUUUUGUUAUUGAAUAA